AUGUAUGCAAAGAGAGGUAGUGGGCAAGCUUGGAUGCAACCGUUGAUCGCUGGUGGAUAUCCGGAGUCCGCGUUAGUAAUUUUUGGCACUCGGAGCGUUACAAGGGCGGAGCAUUGUGCUGAUGCGGAAGUGAUUUACAAGUUUCUGGAGACACAUGCUUUGUCUUACAUAGCUUAUGCUUUGCACAUGGAGUUCAAGUCUAAGUUUAAAACGGCUAAUGAAUCUUUAAUCUCGGAAUCUCUAGAAAUGUAA